AUGAUCAUGACAGCUGCAAGGUUAUUUCCAUUUAAAAAUAACUUGGUACCGGUGGUUUUUAAAAUCCCACUCGUGUCAAGAUCUGUGCCAACCCGCUCUCAUAGUAUUCUUUCACCAGCAGAAUCGGAAAGAGUUGAAUCUGAAAAUGUAACGCAUAUGCGCAGUUAUUGUAGAGACAUUGCGUUUGGUUUUGACAUUGACGGAGUCUUACUUAGAGAAUCUGUCCCGAUUCCAGGCGCAUCGGAUACUCUUAAACUUCUUCAAAAGCUCGAGAUUCCCUUUGUAUUGGUGACAAAUGGUGGCGGAAAGACUGAGAAAGAUCGUGUAGCCGAACUAAGUGAAAAACUAGACAUCGAUAUUCCGGAGGAGAAUUUUGUCCAAUCUCAUACUCCAUUCAAAGAGCUUGUCCAUGGAACUGGGCAACAACAACCUCUAGAGAACAAAACAGUUCUAGUUACGGGUGGCCAUGAAGAUCGAUGCCGUAAGGUUGCACUGAAUUAUGGCUUUAAAAAUGUCGUAACGCCCGCUGAUAUCCUAAUGGCACAUCCAAAAAUUUGGCCAUUCAAACAAGUGUUUAUGGAUUAUUAUAAACAAAAUCACAAGCCACUUCCUGUGCCAAUAAAUGUUGAUGAUCUGUCGAGCUCUCUUAAGAUUGAUGCAAUCUUUGUCUUCAAUGAUCCAAGAGAUUGGGCUCUAGACACACAGAUUAUCCUAGACCUUCUCCUCUCCAAAGAAGGUUUUCUCGGUACUUAUUCGGAAAAAAAUGGUGACAGCUCCCUACCUAAUAAUGGGUGGCAGCAAGAUAAGCAACCUCUUCUAUUCUUUUCAAACCCAGACUUGUUUUGGGCUACGUCAUAUCACUUACCAAGGCUCGGUCAAGGUGGAUUUGUAGCCGCUUUUAAUGGAGUUUGGAAUGCUACAACAAAUAAUGCAACACUAUCUAAGACAGUUGUAGGAAAGCCUCAUACAAUAACGUUUGAUUAUGCUGAAAACUUUCUUUACCAACAUCGCUUAAGGCUCCUUGGGUCCCAAGCUCCACCGCUUAAACAAGUUUGGUUUGUCGGCGACAAUGAGUUGACUGACAUACAAGGAGCGAAUACAUACCAGAGCAGGCGUGGGAUAGAUUGGCGAAGUAUUCUGGUCUCUACUGGUGUAUACAAUAAAGAUUCGGUACCAAAGUGUACACCAAACAUGCUUGCCACCAAUGUGCAAGAAGCUGUUCAGCGGGUAAUUAAUAUUCGAAUGGGAGUUGUUUAA